GGGAAAGAAGUUCCGGGUGUUGCUAUUUUGAAACUCGAAUCGCAUGGUCAGAAAGUUGACCCCGCUUGCAAAGGAUGAAGUUUUAUAUCUGAGCUCGAACGUUUUCUUCAGUUUUCUCUCUUCUGAAUCCUUAAAACCUUGAUCGCUUGUAAUCCUAAUCAAUCCCCACACCUACCUUGAACAUUUUCGGUUCGUCACAACUCUUGCGCCCGCCAAUCGCACGACUUAGCUAUUUUCAAGAGGGUGUGCGAUAACCCAGGCACUUAGCACUUACAACAAGAUACCCCGCAGCUGCGCCAAUCACCUGGGCAGGGAAGCAGCGCAUUGCCCGGGCGCCGACUGCGUGCUGAGCGUGAUCAAGGAAGCCUCGAAAGACGAUUACGUCGUUUCCGGUCCCAAGACAUCAUUCAACAAACACUUGACCAAGCCCGUCCCGUGCAACGGUUUCCAAGUUCGACGCAAUAAGUAUAAAGCAAUCAGACUGCCACACCACCUACAGUUCCACUCGGGAAUGGCAUCGAGUCACAACGACCCCAAGCUGCUCUACGCCAUCAACGGCGUAUCAGCCUACCACAUUGCCAAUGGCAAGGAGGAAUCGUUAACGCCCGCCGGGCCACAGACCCUCUCCUUGCUAAUGGUGCCAACAAGCUCGGCCUUCGCGGACCCGGCACUGGGCACUGAAAACGCAGAACAGGACUUUUACCUGCAUCUUCACCUGCCGCCCGAGCUCGAUCUUCCCCUUCCAGCGACGACGCAGAUCUACCACCAACCUCCCACGAGCUACCUGAUUCCUAGAUGGGAUCUCGGACCCGAUAGUGGUGCUUUUACAAGGAUCGAGUUCCCCUCGGUCGAAAGUAGGAAGGGUAUACAGGAGGACGUGGAUACCUUUGAGACCAUUCUUGCGCAAUGCACUGCGUUCCUGGAACGGGCACCGCCUCCAAGACUAAAUCAAGGGAGCAACAAGAGUAGUGGCGAGAAGGGCGGCACAGGGACAUCAACAGGAUCCAAGGGCGGAGUGGCGGAGGACUUGCCGCCAUACAACCCUGGUGACUAUGGGCCCGGUGAGGCAUACGCCCAGGGAAGCCGAAGCAACCCCACGCCAGGGCAAAUCGUGCUUGUGGAUGAGGACGACGGUAGCGUCAUUGGCGAGUUGGCUGAGGGAUACCAAGUUCACGAAGAUAGCGCGUUGAAGCCGGGAUCGAAAGACCCGGUUGAGAUUACACUUCCGACUACGCCUAACGGAAAGAUCAACGUUGCUCCCGCCUCGCCCGAAUUGUUCGACGCCGAACUUCACCCUGCAUACAAGAAAUCAUUCCUUGUUUCGAACGCCUCGGCCGCCUCGCGCUUCAUUAUCACCGGCUCCGACAUGCUUGCCAAGCUUCUGCAGAACCAAGCCGACAACUACACGAAGAGGGCGCAACCGGCCGCUGAGCCCAUGAAGUUCAAGCCAGCCACCCGCGAACACAUUCGCCGUAUCAGCCACUUUACCGGAAACGCAGCUGUCUUGUCUGCCAAAACCGUAGGACAGAUUGGCAAGUUUGCACAGAACUUUGGCGCCACCCUUGGCGGUCGCGGGCCUAGAAAGACGGGAACCAAGGGUUUUGAUCCGGAUGGGCAGCCCUUGGAUAACUACAAACCGGGACUGCUGAACAAGAGCUUCAUGGCGUUCUCGACGGUCAUGGAUGGCGUGGAGCAGGCAGGUCGGCACUUGCUUGCGUCCACGUCGGAGGCUGCGACCACGGUGGUUGCGCACAAGUGGGGUCCCGAAGCGGGCGAGAUAUCUAGGAGUCUUGGUGGCGGAGUGAAAAACGUCGGUCUGGUGUAUAUUGAUGUCACGGGUGUUUCGAGGCGCGCGAUUCUCAAGAGUGUCGCAAAGGGCAUGGUGGUGGGUCGCACGGCAGACGGAGGAGUAGUGACGGUUGGAGGCGGUGAUGGAGGCGUACUGAGUCCGGGAGAAGGAGGAAUGAACAGUGAUCCGAUGAACAGGGCAGGAAGGACCUCGCCGGGAAGCAUUAGGGGUGGGAAGCAACCGGCUGGUAUGAACGGGAGGUCGGAGACAUGGGGUUGAUUCCUGUUGGUGAGGCAGGCACAACUGCACUGCGGAUGAUGUUCGAUUAUGUUUCUCCUUCAAAUACCCACUAUACCUGUUUUUCAUUUCAAGGAUGUUGAAUGACUGCAACAACCAAAUUCAGUUGCGUGUUGCAGUGCACGCUUUCUGGGUAGUCUGUACACUAUACAUAGGGGGGAGGGAAUUUGCUGUAUGAUAACUUCUUAUCUGCCACUCUUUUUCUUAUCUAACCCUCAAGGUUCCCAUGA